CGUGGACGAAUCCAAAUAUUUGUCCAAACAAACAUUUCAUCGUGAUUUAGACCUAUAUAUAGCGAAUAUUCGUCGAUCUGUAGCAUUGUAGUCGCAGCUAUACCCUAUUCUGAAAUAUUCGAAGACGACAGGGGCUGGCAGAAAGUCUACUAGCAGUAAAUGACCCAGGGCUACCUUGACCUCCUGCGCCACAAAGAACCGCCCUGGGCACGCGUGCUUACCAUACAGUAUCCCCAUGCCAAGUGUUCAGGGCUCGAAUGAGUGAGGCUUGCGUCCUUGUCCCCCACUGCCUGCCUCGUCCGGUGGAAACGAUGCGGGUUCCAGACGGCCGGAUUUUCGUAGAGACCCGUGAUCUCGAUGGUGUUUGGUGCUUCGCACAACGGCCACUCUUGCAGCACCUCCAGAACCAUCUACAUCGUAAUUUGCGAAAGGCGUGCAUCAGCUCCGAGCGUUAUAUGAAGAUGCUGAAUCCGACAGAAGAAUUUCUGAGCACCCUCAAAGUGUUCGCCCGAGUUGCCACAUGGAGUCUCCUAGUCUGGAUGGCGCUGCGAUGUCUUGAGGCUGUCCUGUGCAGGGUCAGCGUCCAGGAACCGCCAGUGGUGAGAUCGAAAAUACCAAUCUUGGGCCAAGCGUUGAGAUUGUUUACUCAAGGUGUGACAUACUACGAGAAUUUAAGUUCCCUUCUGUGAAGCUGCAGGCACUUGCUCUCUGAAGGUUAAAAGGGGAACCGACUAUUAGGUCGCUUGUAACUCUCCCUGACCAGCGCUUCGCUUUAGGCGGCACAGCUAAGGGAGGUGCGCGUGUCGCACUUUAGGGGAUAACUUCUCCAAAUCUGUAUUGCAUGACUUGCUGACACUAGUCACAAUAGGAAACAGACCAAUCUUCCAAUCUUGACGACGUUUUUCGGCACGCAAAAGGUGUACAUAGUGAAUUCGCCAGAACUCAUCACCCAGAUAAACCGUCAAAGAAAGAAAAUUGAUGCGAGUUUGCCAUUUCUCCAUGUCGUCUGCGGCAAGUUCUUUGGCAUGCAUGAUGAGGACUUGGACGAUUUGAUGCGAAAUGCCACCGCGAAAGACUCUCUGCGGCAUGAUCUCAGAGCGAUGGAGCACGCUGCUUUGGAAGCCGGAACGGAGUCCAUGGUGGAAAUCUACGGGAGUAUCUCCCGGGAACUCGCAGACAUAAUGAACGACACUGCUUCAAAAUGUCCUGAGAAAGUGAACCUUCUAGACUGGCUGCAGAGGACGUUUACCCUGGCAACAGGAAGAGGGCUCUUCGGUCGCGGCAAUCCACUCGACCGCUCUAAAGACUUGGUCAGUUGCUUGUGGACUAUGGAGAGCGGCCUCAAAAAGCUCACGAUGUUGCCAUACCAAUCUCUUACGGCGCGCAAGGCCGUGGUGGCUCUUGAGCGAUUGGUUCAAGCCUUCAUCGAUGACCACGACCCCAAAGGCCCAGUCGGUCUUGGCCGUGGUUCCAUUGCGCUGAGCCAAGUGUUCUAUGAAAUAACUCAGCGCCAUAAUACGAGCGUGGAGUUUCAGGCGAGAUACACUCUUGGCUUCUUCACUGGGUUCGUGAUCAACUCAGUGCCGGCUCUGUUUUGGAUCGUCAGUCUCUUGGCAGCAAAUAAAGCCCUGGCGGACAGGAUUAGGUUUGAGGUCCAGCAGGUCGUCACGGCCAUUGGCUCAGAAGAGAUAACCGUCGAGGCCGCUUCUCUUAGAUCGCAGUGCCAGCUGCUAGUUUCAACAUGUCGGGAAGUCCUUCGCUAUAUCAGCUCCUCCAUCGGCACUUCCCUAGUAAACGACAACGUUCACCUGGACGAUGGACUUGUGCUCAAGAAGGGUGCUAUCAUACAGAUACCAGCCACGGCGAUGCACUCCAACACAGCCGUAUGGGGCCCAUCAGCCAACGAGCUGGACCCAGAAAGAUUCCUUAGACGGGAUAAAGUGCACCCAGCGGCGAACCGAGUCUUCGGGGGUGGCAGCGAACUGUGCCCAGGCAGGCACCUGGCAUUGGACGAGCUGCUGACUUUCACUGCUAUGUUCGUGUAUACAUUUGAGGUUGAUAUUUUGCCGGAUGUAUGGAGGAAUCCUCAACAAGAGCGAAAUAAUAUGCUUUCUGUCAAAAAACCAAGCUCGGAUCUGCUGGUACAGGUGACACGACAGGCUAGUGCUAAUUGUUGGAGGUGGAAGUUUACUGGCAAGGUUUAGAGUAGAAUAUAUAUUAGGAGUAAUCGUCGGCUUCGCUUACGGGGCCGCUAAUCGUCGUCCCUCCUUAGUCAGUGGAAGCAGGAGGCCGGCAGAAGCAGAGGGCCGAGUAAUAACUUAUUAUAUUAUUUAUAAAUUAUUAAUAAUAGAAAU